AUGGAGCGCAAAAUUGUGUGGAAGUAUGAUCCGUUCCACAAAAAAUCGAUUUUGGAUGCAGUGCAAGAGGUUAUAAGUGGCGUUUUCAUGAAAUUUAUGAGCUCUCACAUGGAGAUGCAAGCUAAAACAUUUACUGGAUGGCGCCAAUGUGAUGGACACAGCUGUGGUGUAUUGGUCGUGCAAUGGUUCGAGCAGUAUUUGUCACUGGAGGAGGCAAGCGCUGUCGUAUCGACAGAUGCAACAAAGUCGUGCAGUACGAAGGACUCUGUGUGGGCCACGGUGGCUACCGCAGAUGUGUCUUUGACAACUGCAACAAACGGUCGAUGGCAAACGAUUAUUGUCAGCACCAUGGAGGAUCCUCGAUUUGCCUCCUCGAGUAUUGUUUCAAGCGUGCUCCAGCGGCGGCCAAUGGGCUAA